CGCUUGAGCCUUGGCUUACAUUUGUAUGACCUUGAAAGUUUAUUUUGGAACGGUACUCAAUGCAUCAUGUUAUAUUUAUAUGUUCAUAUAGACAUGUUUGAGAGGUUUUAAUUAAGAUCUGUUCCACUCGCCGUACAUUUUACUCCGUGAACUCUGUAUAAUCUGUACAGACGUUAUGGAUCGAUGUUAGGAGAGCACCAUGGCUCGGACUCACCGUGUGUCUGACGUGGACAGGGGCUGGGCCUGGGCAGUUCUGGUAGCCAGCUUCCUGUCCCUUCUCCUCAAUGGAUGUCUACUGUAUGGCGUGGGAAUUACACACGUUGCUUUUCUGCGUGUAUACAGAGAGUCCGAUGCCUAUACUUCUUUCCUGGGAUCAUUGUUUAGUAGCCUGCUACAGCUCAUUGGUCCAGUAGCCAGUCUAUCUAUAAAUGUUUUCAACUGCCGCCUUACAAUGAUCGUUGGGGGAAUGCUUAUUUUCAUCGGCUGUUCUGCAACGUACUUUGCAUAUUCCCUUGAAGUUGCAAUCCUGACGUAUGGUAUUAUUGCAGGGAUUGGUAAUGGGCUAGUAGCCACCCCUCCACUGGUAGCCGUGGGGUAUUAUUUCAGAGAGAAGAGAGGGUUUGCUAUAGGGUUUGCAGUGGCUGGGGCUGGUGCUGGAAUGUUCAUUAGCGGUCCGCUAUUUCAAUACCUCAUAGACACUUACGAACUUCAUGGGACAAUGCUGAUUCUUGGUGCAAUAUUUUCCAAUCAGAUCAUCCUUGGAUGUAUUAUGCGACCUUCUGAGACAGAAAUUCACCACAAAGCACUACGAAACAAAUCGAAAGAUGGUCCAGGGAGCAAAUUCAAUUUCAGGAAACAUCUUCAUCUUGAAAUUUUCUGUGAUAAAAUGUUUGUUGUUAUACUUCUUCAAUAUCUGAUUUGGAAUAUUCCAUUUUCUAUGCUUUUGUUGCAUCUUCCUAACUUUUCUGUUAUUCAUGGUUCUUCCGAACAACAAGCUGCAUUUCUGAUCUUCCUGAUUGGUUUAACUGGGACUAUUGGGCGUGUCCUUACUGGGAUGGCCGUGAGUCCACACGCUAUUGACCCUGUUCUGAUGAACAUGGGCAUUACAGGGGUGCUAGGUAUUGUAUGUGGUUUGUUCCCUUUCUAUUCUUCUACAUACACGGGACAGUGCACAUUUGCAGGUCUGUUUGGGAUCUAUAGUGGAGCAUUAACAACUAUGAUAACACCGUUAAGUGUUGAACUGUUAGGUUUGGAGAAACUGUCGUCUGCUGUGGGCAUUAUGUAUUUCAUAGGUGGAAUUGGAUAUUUAAUAGGACCGAUUUUUGCAGGUAGUCUUAUCGAUAGUGGUGGAAAAUAUGAAACAACAUUCUACAUAUCAGGUUGUUUGUUAAUUGUAUCUUCCCUUCUGACAUUGUUAUCCACAUGCUGGAGAAAAGAUUACGGAUCUCAGACAGAGAGGACCGACCAUUUCGAAACUUCAACAGGAAGUCAAGCCAUGAAGAAUUCGACCUUCCUCCACCAAUCAGGACUCCUUGCUGGGUCCAUAAUAUUACAAGCAGACGAACACUUAGGGAGUACUUCAUCCGCCAUUUCUAUGAAAAAUCCUCGACUACAAAGAUUAAAUCAUCACUCUGAAGAAUGUGAAAGUCAAGAAAGUCUGUUUAAAAACAUUAUGCUUCGAAAGCUUCAGAAAAAUGGCAGUGCUUGUAGCAGUCAAUACAGUUUGUUUAAAGACCAAGACUCCACAAGACAAGUUAAUGAAAAUUUAUCUUACACAGACAAAAGCAAUGAUAUAAAGACAGAAAGUGCUUUGAUCCAUGGAGAUAUUUCCAAUAUUCAAUCAAUCGAGACAUAUGUCGAAGAAAAGAUGAAAAAGGGAACAGAUACAAACCAUUUAUGAUAAAUAUAAUA